CCGCCGCUGCCUUACGCAGCGCCAUGGUGAGACGGUGGCGGGCGCGGGGCUGGGCGGCCCUGGCGGGGCUGCGAGCGCGGCCGGACAAGUUCGGGGGGGUGAGCGUGGACCUGGCCGAGCUGCGCCGUCCCCCGCGUCUGGAGAGGGCUGCCUUCGGGCGGUGGCUACGGGACGCAGUGGCCCGGUGGCGGGAGGAAGGCCGCGUCGCCGUCUGGCUGCGUGUCCCCAUCCUCCAGAGCGGGUUUGCGGCAGCCGCCGCCUCGCAAGGCUUUGCUUUUCACCACGCCGAGCAGGGCUCGUCCACCUUGACACUGUGGCUAGGAGAAGGUCCCAGCAGGCUGCCGGGGUACGCCACCCACCAGGUGGGAGUUGCAGGUGCUGUUCUAGAUGAAAGCACUGGAAAGGUGUUGGUCAUACAAGACAGAAACAGGACUAUAAAUGCGUGGAAGUUUCCAGGAGGUCUGUCUAAUCCAGGUGAAGACAUUGGAGACACAGCAGUUCGGGAGGUUUUUGAAGAGACUGGCAUCAAGUCAGAGUUCAAGUCCAUCCUAAGCGUGAGACAGCAACACAAACACCCCGGAGCCUUUGGGAAGUCGGACAUGUACAUCGUCUGUCGCCUGGAGCCCUCCUCCUUCAACAUCAGCUUCUGCCAGCAGGAGUGCCUGAGGUGUGAGUGGAUGGCUCUCGCCGAGCUCGCCAGGACGAAACACGCUACUCCUAUCACCAGCAGCGUAGCCAAACUCUUACUUUACGGAUACCGGGAAGGGUUUGAUAAGAUUGAUAUAACCAUGAGAGAGUUUCCAGCUGUCUACGCAGGCCUGUUCUACAAACUAUACCACAGGGAGCUGCCCGAGUCCUAUAGGAACAUUACAUGAUAGUAACACAUUUCACAUUUCAGUACAUUAAUAAUUUAGAAUUAUUACUGUAGUGUUAUAUAGACCAUAUUAAAAUUAUCCAUGGACUUCUUUUUAGGUUAUUAUUAGAAAGUAAUUAUUUAUUCUCUUAAUAAGCUAUAAAUUAAUUUUAAAGGUAAAUACUGCUAUAAGUGUGCAUCAGAUAUGUUUUCCUUUACUCUGUAAAGCAAACAUAAGGUAAAUAAAAUAGCUCUACAUAGAUAUUUAGCAGAAAA